UCGAAAUGCAAAAUUUUGUAAAACUAGCGGCGAAAGCUAAAUCUUUUAACUUUGAAAAGCGUAUCAUAAAAAGUGAUAACCCUGUUCUUGUUGAUUUCUAUGCAGAUUGGUGUGGGCCAUGUAAAAUACUAACACCACGAUUAGAAAAAGAGAUUAGUAAAAAUUCUAAAAAUAUAAGUUUAGCAAAAAUAAAUGUAGAUAAUUUGACGGAUCUGGCUGAUAAAUAUGAGAUAUCUGGACUUCCAACUGUUAUGGCCUUUAAAAAUGGAAAAGAAGUUGAUAAAUUUAUGGGCGUUAAAGAAGAAGAUUUUAUUAGAAGUUUUAUAAAAAAAAUUAUUGAUGGCCCUUUAUAAUAUUUCAUAUUGAUAAUUUUACUAGAUUGUUAUUUAUAGUAAAUUUUAUUAAAAAAUUGUAAAAUUCAAUUUGGUAAUUAGCAAAUGGCUCAACAAAUUGUAAAAUUAUUGGUUCAUUAUGGUAUAUUUUAUUUAU